AUGGUAGCCAGCUGUCACGCGCCGCUCCGUUGCAAUCAGCACGUCACAGCUCGUGCGGCCGUUUGCUCGCAGCGCGGUGCAGCGCGGUGUUGCCGCGCUCGUCCCGCGCAUUUACUCUUCCUCCGGCAGCCACAAACCGCCGCAGUGCUGCCACAUCUCCCUUCUCCGCGGCCUCCAGAAGCGUCGUUGGGGCGACUGAGGCCGAGUCGUCCUGGGUGGAGGGAGCUGGAGGGCCGACUGAAUUUUGUGUUUUACAGUAAUGACAAAAAAAUGUUUCAAAAGAUAACAGUACCAUCUGAACCAACUUGA